UGGCGUUAAAGGGCAAAAGCCAAGAGGGAAGUGCUCUUAACGUGACAAAGCCUACGGGACGGAGCGGAAGUCCUGGUUCACACGCCACACGGAGAGGAUCCUGGGGGCAGGAAGGAGGUGGGAACUCCUGCCGCGGAGCAAUUCGCCUGCAAGCUCUUCUGGGAGGAGAGCGCGUGGCUGUUUAAAGACGCGUGUUGCUGGAGCGCGUGGCUGGUUCGCGGUGGUCGGAGGUGGCCGAAAGCCUGACAUCGGUGUAGAACUUGAGACCGUGAGUUAUGGUGGGGAGAUCCCGGCGGCGCGGAGCGGCCAAGUGGGCAGCUGUGCGAGCCAAGGCGGGUCCCGGCCCAGAAGACGAAAAUGAAGACGACUUAGAAUUGCCACCCUCGUCGGGGGACUCCAGCUACUACCAAGAUAAGGUAGAUGAUUUCCAUGAGUCCCGAUCCCGUGCUGCCUUGGCUAAAGGCUGGAGCGAAGUGGAGAGUGAGGACGAGGAGGAGGAUGGCGAUGAGGAGGAAGAGGUUCUAGCCCUAGAUAUUGCUGAUGAGGACGAUGAAGAUGGAGAGAGUGCGGGGGAUGAAGAGGAUGACGAUGAUGAUGGUGGGAGCUCUGUGCAGAGUGAGGCCGAGGUAUCUGUGGAUCCCAGUUUGUCGUGGGGUCAGAGGAAAAAACUUUACUAUGACACAGACUACGGUUCCAAGUCCCGAAGCCGACAAAGUCAACAAGAAGUAGAGGAGGAGGAAAGGGAGGAGGAAGAGGAAGCGCAGCUAAUUCAGCGACGCCUCGCCCAAGCCCUGGAAGAGGAUGAUUUUGGGGUGACCUGGGUAGAGGCCUUUGCAAAACCAGUACCUCAAGUAGAUGAAGCUGAGACCCGGGUCGUGAAGGAUCUGGCGAAAGUUUCAGUGAAAGAGAAGCUGAAGAUGCUGCGGAAAGAAUCACCAGAACUCUUGGAACUGAUAGAAGACCUUAAAGUUAAGCUGACAGAGGUGAAGGAUGAGCUGGAGCCAUUGCUACAGUUGGUGGAGCAAGGGAUCAUUCCACCCGGAAAAGGAAGCCAAUACCUGAGGACCAAGUACAACCUCUAUCUGAACUACUGCUCCAAUAUCAGCUUUUAUUUGAUCCUGAAAGCCAGGAGAGCCCCUGCACAUGGACAUCCUGUCAUAGAAAGGCUUGUUACCUACCGAAAUUUGAUCAACAAGCUGUCAGUUGUAGAUCAGAGGCUGUCUUCUGAAAUUCGUCAUCUACUCACACUUAAAGAUGAUGCUGGAAAGAAAGAACUGAAUUCAAAAGCAAAAUCCACCAAGGCCAAGCCAAAAUCUGUUUCAGAGAGUGCUGCUGCUACCUCUGCUGUUACAGGUAUUUCUGAUGAUUCUGAUCUUGAUGAAGAAGCUGCACUGAAAUACUAUAAAGAGAUAGAAGACAAGCAAAAGUUGAAAAGAAAGAAAGAAAAUAGUAUUGAAGAACAGGCUCUUGAAGAUCAAAAUGCAAAGAGGGCCAUUACCUACCAGAUUGCUAAAAAUAGAGGACUUACACCUAGAAGAAAGAAGAUUGAUCGCAAUCCUAGAGUGAAACACCGGGAGAAGUUCAGAAGAGCCAAAAUUCGCAGAAGAGGCCAAGUUCGUGAAGUUCGUAGAGAAGAGCAGCGUUACACUGGUGAACUCUCUGGCAUUCGUGCAGGAGUCAAAAAGAGCAUUAAGCUUAAAUAAAGUUUUCACUUAGCUUAAGUUUUUUGGCAAUAAUAUUAGAUCAAUAAAUUUUUAUUUUUAACUCUUGAA